GUUUAUUCUCCGCAAUAUCAUAGCUUGCUCGAACGGAAAUAAACAACCAUCAAGCACACGUGAAAAGUCGACAGGAGCGGAUUGAAGCCAUGUUACAGGAGAUGCGUGAGAAUGAUACUGAAGCAGACCGUCUAGAACAAGAGACGAUCAUGAUUGAGCGACAUGCAGCUCACAAUCGCGAGAUCUUUUAUCGUCAAACCAAGGAAGUCCUCACGCAGUUGGUAGAUAUCAAGCAACAUGUCGAACAACAGGUUGGAUUGAUUCGGGUAAUGGCUGAGAAAGAAUUACAAGAUACAAUGGCUCAAAAGUUGCAGGCCUUAGAGGUGAUACAGAAGGAGUUGGAGAACGAACAGAAACGGAAUAGUCUUCAAAUUGGAACCAACCUCACCGAACUUGAUGAACAGUUGCUUGAAUCCACUUUCGAUCGUCCUCUCUUGUUCUCAACACUGUAAUUUUUCGCUUAAUGCUCAACAUCAAGAUAUUCAAUAAACCAAAUUGUACAAAAAGUGGAGUUUUAUUUUCUACAUAAUCUGUG